AUGAAAGAUGGGUGUAUUAAAGAUAAAUAUGAUGCCAAGCAAACCUUAUUAAAAUCAAUGAUAGCUGAAGUUAGUGAAGAAAGAAGUGAAGUACGUUUGGAUUUCCAGCUUUCUCUUGAAGUGGAAUAUGCAGCAAAUUUCUGGCUUUCUCUUGAAGCGGAAUAUGCGAGUAGGUGUUUGGGUAAAGAUGUGGUUGUCGGACUUUUGGAUGAUGAAGGAUAUGUUGAUGAUAAAAAAAGUAAGGAUGCUGGUUCAACAACUCUUUUUGCAACUCAACUUGCUGUUGAGCAUGAUAGUCAUGACCUUAUGGAAGUUCAAGUGAAUGACAACAAAGAAAAUGAACCUUUACAAGUUGAAAAUCUGCUAGUUUCAUGA